AUGGCAACGGAUGCAGCUUCAUUAACUUCGCGUGACAGUGCUGGUGGCCCUGGAGGAAAAAGCAGUGUUGGCCCUGUUCCACCGAAGGCUGUCACCUUCCGCAAGUUCCACGUUAGCCAGCUUGAGAACGUUAGUGUUUUGUUUGCUGAUAUCGUGGGGUUUACCAAAAUGAGCUCCAAUAAAUCAGCCUCCCAUCUUGUAUAUUUGCUCAACGACUUAUUUGGCAGGUGA